UAAUUGGACGGAUUUAUAGAAAAACCCUAAUCUAAUUCGUCCAGUGGGUGCGUCGUCUUUCUUCGUCGUCCCCAGCUUCCUCCUCGCCGUCUUCCUUGUCGCCGUCUCCACCGAAUUCACUCUCCUCUUCCUUGUCUUUCGCAUCUGCUCCAUCUCUCCCUCGGUUCGACUUUUCCUCUUCUUCGUCCUCGAGAAUGCUUAAAUUAGAACUAUGAGGAGUAUUUGCUUGUAUUGUUGAAGUAGAGAUUUUGUUGGCAAGGGGUGGACGUGUUUUGAAGAACUCGGAAAAAAGCUCCAUUAUCCCCGGGCAAUACACUAGUUGCUCGUCUAUAUUGUUGGUAGAAGAUGGCAAGUGCAACAGGACUCGAAAACCUUGUUGACCAGACAAUUUCAAUCAUCACAAAUGACGGACGCAAUAUUGUGGGAAUUCUCAAAGGAUUUGACCAAGCUACCAACAUAAUCCUCGAUGAGUCUCACGAACGGGUGUAUUCUACAAAGGAAGGUGUACAGCAACUUGUGUUGGGGCUCUACAUAAUACGAGGCGACAACAUAAGCGUUGUUGGAGAGCUAGACGAAGAGCUAGAUGCGAGCCUAGACUUGUCGAAACUCAGAGCUCAUCCAUUGAAGCCAGUUAUUCACUGAUUUGUAACAUCUUGUGAGUAUGUUUCUGUGUCUUAUGACUCCGGUGUUCGUCGAUUACUUGCUUGUGUGUAGAAAAUUAAGGAAUCUGCAAAUGAAGUGUGGCUUUGCACAUUAACUUGAUAUUUUGAUUGUUCAUUGUUGAUUGAUGAAUACAAAUUUCUUAGGAGGGUAGAGAGAGAGAGAGAAGGAGAGAGAAAGGCAGAUUUUGAAGUUGUAUGAAAACUUGAAUUGAUGGAUGCUUUUCUAAAUUGAUUCUCACCCUGUUGCUGAAGCAUUAUCAA